AUGGGGAAGCGCUGGAUCCCGCUGGAGGCCAACCCGGACGUCAUGAACCAGUUCAUAUGGGGGCUGGGAGUCCCCGAGGGGGAUGUGCAGUUCUGCGACGUCUACGGCCUGGACGACGAGCUGCUUGCCAUGGUGCCCCAGCCCAUUCUCGCCGUCCUCUUCCUCUACCCGCUCACCUCCCUGGACGAGGAGGAGAAAGAAGAAUCAAGUGCCUCUACCACAUCGACUGCAGGGGGCAAGGAAUUGAGCAAGAAGGUAUACUUUACGAAGCAGACUGUUGGUAAUGCUUGUGGAACAGUUGGUGUUAUUCAUGCAAUAGGAAAUGCAACAUCUCAAAUCAAGCUAGUUGAGGGGUCCUAUUUUGAGAAGUUCUAUAAGCAAACAGCUGAUAUGGAUCCAGUCCAGCGUGCUACCUUUCUCGAGGAAGAUGAUGAGAUGGAGGAUGCACAUUCUGUUGCUGCAUCUGCUGGUGACACUGAUGCUAAUGUUGAUGUUAAUGAACAUUUUGUAUGUUUCUCCUGUGUUGAUGGUGAACUUUAUGAGCUUGAUGGACGAAAAUCACAACCCACAUCCCAUGGCCCUUCAUCACCUGAAACCUUGUUGCAGGAUGCUGCAAAAGUCAUCAAAGCUAGAAUUGCAGAGAACCCUAACUCGAUGAACUUCAACGUCAUGGCUCUUUCAAAGAAGUGA